AUGCCCACCGCAAAGAGACAGAAGAAGAGCGCUUCGUCACAAUCUUCCAAGAGUCAGCCAUCUUCUAAGGCACCAGAACCGGUCACAGAAGGGGAAUCCGAGUUUGCGCAGCUUGCCAAGCAACACUGGUUGAAGACGACCAAGCGGGCGACCAAGGUCAAAGUCAAGAACGAUGUCUUGAAGCAGGACAUAUGGGAUCCUCUCGAGAGGGACAAGUUCCCAAUCUCGUCGCUGUUGUCCCUAGAGAGUCUACAAAUUCUAGAGAGCUAUCUCUGGCCAGGAUACAGCGAACAGGCGUCGAAUCACCAUGUUCUCUUGAUUGUUCUCAUUGUCAACGCGAAGCGCAGAGAGCGCCUGGAGACUUGGACUAUUUUCGAGGAUCGGCCCGAUGACUUCUCUACGUUCUUCCGACGCGUUCUCUCGAUGAGCCUCGACCGAUCCCUCUCUGUUGCCGUGCGAACUCAAAUAAUCUCGUUCGUCAUCUAUUCUUUCCAGAGUCUGGACCGCGCCAUCGUGCGAAAGGAAUGCGCGCCGCUCGUGUCGAUAUCGAUUUGGCAUAAUCUGGCGACGGAGAAAAAACGAGAUGAGAAGCUGGCCCAGAGCAACAAUUUGCGCAAGGCAUGGAGAGCAGCUGCUAAGAGAUACGAUUCUGCGGACGAACCGACUAAGGCGCGGUUGCGGUUUGACAGGUCGUGGCUCUAUACAUUGGUGCUCGACUUCCUGAGCUUGCUGUUCACGGACAACGCUGGGAAAGUGCCAGAGGACGUAUUGUACUGCGAGCGGGUUGUUGAGUUCCUCUCGGAUCUACAGAGCCAGUUACCAACCAGGCGAUAUGCCAACUUCUUACUUCAGGACUUGCACGUCAUCACGGCGGCCAGCCUCUCGCCGGUCUUCAACGCCGAGGAAAACGGGCUGUUACGUGAUCUUUUUGCUUUGUUCUCUCACUACACCCACUUCACUAUUGAUGACCAGACAGGACACCAGCAGAGCAAGACCCAGGCAUACGAUCACCACUGUGCAGAUCUCGCAAAACUGCAGAGGACGGCAUUGAAGCAUUUCAAAGACCAGUUGACGGUGCUAGCACUGUCCAACUACGCCUCUAUUGACGACAGAAAAGAGCUCGAGGGUCUUCUCGCUCCCCUCACCGAUGAAGAGGUCACACAGCUGUCCGAUUUGCUGGAAUUGAGAACGACAUACCCUGAAUCAACGGGUUUGACGGUUGAUCGCAAGUUUCUGAUCGAAGCAUUGCUAUCUACCUUCGAGAGACGGAAGACUUUCCAAGAGAGUGCUUCAGAGAUGAGCGUCAUGCCAAACGAGCAGACUGUCUUUGACCGAAGUCUCCUGAGGACUGACUCAUACGAUGGAUCGCACCCGCUGGCGAUACCGAAGUUGAACCUUCAAUACCUUUCGGUUGGAGAUUUCUUGUGGAGGUCUCUGGAAUUGUACAGGUGCGAGUCGUUCUAUGGAAUCAGAAGUCACAUCGAAGAUGUCCUUCGAAGAUUGAAGCCGGAGGUGACAAAGUCGGGUGAGACAAGCUUUCCGGGCUUCUCCAAAAUGGCAUUACCAAUAUCAAAGCCAUCCAUUCUCGAAGUCCUGCCUACGUUGGUAGGAGACGACAAGCCAGCAGCUGUGCGAGCAGAGAUCGUUAUUGACGUUCGCCGACUCGGUGAAAAUGUCCGCCGUGAAUGGGAGUCUUUGCGACCAGACGAUGUGGUGUUCCUUCUGGCGGUGGAUGCCUCCAAGUCGCAAAAAUUUGGCCGUGGCAUUUCGACAGAGGCACAGAAGCUUGGCAUCCUCUCUCUUCGUUCUGCCGAGAUCGUCCAAAUUCUCGACGACAAAGGACGGGCCAUCCGAGACGCUAACGCGUAUUUUGAUGGACAUGCCCGAAGCCCUGUGAGACGAAUCAGGCUGAAGCUGGAUUCGGCUAUGUACAAGUCGGAUAUGCAACAAGUGUCUGCCGGAAAACCAGACGUUUACGAAAGCAUCAACCUCGUUGUGCGAAGGAGCGGGCGGGAAAACAACUUCAAGCCUAUCCUGGAUUCAAUCAAGAACCUAACGCUCUCAGACGUGCCUCUAGCCUCAUGGUUGCAUGAGGUCUUUCUCGGGUACGGCGACCCAGCAGGUGCUUCAUACAAGCACUUGCCGAACCGGCUCAAGAAGAUCGAUUACCGCGAUACAUUCCUCGAUUGGCAGCACCUCAUUGAGAGCCUCCCGGGGAAGAUCAUUGAGCCUGGCGAUGAUGUUACUGGAAGCUUCGGGCCUCCGUAUGUUUUGGAGACGGCGGAUCGUCCAGCGACAGAGCCUUCAUCAAAACCUUCGAAAAAGAGACGGAGAGACGCGGAGCCAGCUCUGAUCGCUGAAGUUGAGACUUUGAAGGUCUCGACGUACAAUCCCCCGAACAACGGUCCUUAUCCUGUUGACGUGCCAAAGCGCAACAUGGUGCGCUUCACUCCCGCUCAAAUCGAAGCCGUCAUCUCUGGCACACAACCAGGACUCACAAUUGUGGUCGGUCCUCCGGGAACGGGCAAGACGGACGUUGCCACGCAGAUCAUCAGCAACAUCUAUCACAACUUCCCUAAGCAGAAAACGCUUCUCAUUGCGCACAGCAACCAGGCGUUGAACCAGUUGUUCGCCAAGAUUGUGGCCCUGGACAUUGACGAACGUCACUUACUCCGCUUGGGCCAUGGAGAGGAAGAGUUGGACACCGAAGGAAGCUUCAGCAAACACGGACGGGUUGAGUCAUUCCUCGAGAACAGGGAUCGCUAUCUCGAGGAAGUGACUCGUCUGGCUGCCAGUAUGGGCGCUCCUGGAGCUCAUGGCAACUCUGCCGAGACGGCCGGGUACUUCAAUUCAGUCUACGUGCAACCUGCUUGGUUGAAAUUCAACGAGCUGGCCAAAUCUGCAGAGGCUUCAGCGUCCGACAUCGUGGCGGCUUUUCCUUUCCAUCAAUAUUUCUCAAACGCGCCUCAGCCACUGUUUUCACCGGAGGCAGACCGAGAGGCUGUCCUAGAAGUUGCUCAGGGCUGUUACAGGCACAUUUCGAGGAUCUUCUCGGAGCUAGCUGAUGCGCUGCCGUUUGAGAUCCUGCGUCGUGACAAGGAGAAGGCCAACUACCUCCUCACGAGUGAAGCUCGAAUCGUCGCCAUGACCUCAACACAUGCCGCCAUCAGGCGUGGGGAAAUUGUGCAGCUUGGUUUUCAUUACGACAAUGUUGUCAUGGAGGAAGCAGCCCAGAUCACCGAGAUCGAGAACUUCAUUCCACUGGCGAUGCAGAAGCCUAGGGACGGGAUAAAUCCUCUCCAACGUGUUGUUCUCUGCGGUGAUCAUUUCCAGAACUCGCCCGUCAUUCAGAAUUUGGCCUUUAGAGAUUUCGCAAGCCUGGAGCAAUCCAUGUUCUCCCGCCUUGUGCAGUUGGGAGUGCCGACUAUCACGCUUGACCAGCAGGGCCGGGCUCGUCCAUCCAUCGCUCAGCUAUACCAAUGGCGGUACCCUCAACUGACCAACCUUCCCCACGUCGAGACAUCAGAAGAGUUCCUCACUUCAAACGCUGGUUUCAAAUACGACUACCAAUUCAUUAACGUGGGCGACUACAAGGGCAAGGGAGAAGCAGAGCCCGUGCCGCACUUCAUACAUAACCUCGGAGAGGCCGAGUAUGCCGUGGCCAUAUUUCAAUACAUGCGGCUUCUCGGCUAUCCUGCGUCCAAGAUUAGUAUCUUGACCACCUACGCUGGCCAACGAGCGUUGAUCAGAGACGUCCUCUCCCAUCGAUGUGCCAAGAAUCCUAUUUUUGGUAUGCCCAAGAUCGUUGCGACCGUUGACAAAUACCAGGGCGAGCAAAAUGACUAUAUCAUCUUGUCACUUACAAGGACAACCAAAGUAGGCUACCUGCGGGAUAUACGUCGGCUUACCGUGGCGCUAUCGCGUGCACGGCUGGGCAUGUACAUCCUGGGCCGUCGCGAGGUGUUCGAGAGCUGCUACGAGCUGCGACAGGCAUUCGAGCUCCUACUACAACGACCAGACAAGUUGUCGCUGGUAGUCGGAGAGCUCUGGCCAUCGCAGCGCAGACUGCCAGAGGACACAAAGGAGGCAGUCCCAGGCGAGGCAGUCAUGGAGGGCGUAGAACAUCUGGGUAAAUACGUGUUUGAGAUGACACAGACGAAGAUGGCGCAGCUGCAGGGUGACAAGGGGCUCCCUGCCGGCGAGGCCAUGGCUCUUGAGGAGACUACGGCGAUUGAUGACCUUGCACCUAUUCCAGAGGAGGGUGAGGACGAGGAGCCAGUCAAGGGAUUCGAGGCCGAGGAGGAUUAAGCUGGACCAGCUUCACGUUGAGCCAUUCGGGGCUGGCGUUUAGGUGGCGCGAUGAUAUUGACGGCCCAAUAUGAUUUUAAUUAAGACG